GACAUCACCACCACCCAGUCUUCUCCUUAUAUCACCUCUCAAUACCUCAAUAUUACGUUGUAUAUUUUUAGAUUCGCUAAACGAUCCGCGUAGAAUAAAGUGUGUGCCAAUUUUUUUCUGGUAUUGGUUAAUUUUGUAUAUUGGGUAUGGAAUAAUACAUUAUUGGAACCAUUUGCAAGUGAGGAGGAAUGGAGAAGUCGAAGUGAUGCAGAGUGAACACACACAAGGUGACGCCCUCUUGUGCUUAAAGAUGGGGCGUAUUAGGCUCCCUCUCCCGGUUUAGUGGCUUCUGUGGGCGUCUAGUGUAGCCAGCGGGCGUGGGCACCUGCGGUGAGAUGGCGUCGACAGGCCCGCGCCCCGACACCCAGCCUCAGGAACCUGCCGCCGCUGCUGCUGCCGCCGCUGCUGCAGCGUCUCCUGCAGCCAUGGUGGGCGCCGCGGCAGCCGUCAGCCCUCACAAGGCGUCACAGCAGCAGGGGCAGCCCUUCGAACCCCUGGACAAGUCCGCCAGCCAGACGGUCAAGCUGAACCCCAAAUUAGAGUUGAGCCGCUCUGAUCUUCUCAGAUUGCUUUCCUACAUGGAGGGUGAGCUCCAGUCUCGGGAUGUUGUUAUUGCAACACUCAAGACUGAAAGAGUAAAAAAUCUGCUACAGUAUGGCCGAGUAGGAUUGAGUGAUCCAUUUCUAGCAUUACAAAGAGACAGCAUUGGAGGUUCUGUGGUCCGAGGUGGGGGUGUCAAUGAAGCUGAACUCAGAGCCUUAGAAGAGACACAAUUAGCACAGCUUGAACACCUGAUUGCUCAACAGCGCAAAGCACACCAGAGAAUGCGUCACGUCUUAAGAGAAGCAGAAAAGCGCCAUUCUCGGGUGGUUGCAGAGCUUGAAGAGGAGAGAAGGAAGCACGAGCACGAUACAGCUCAGGGUGAUGACGUAACAUAUGCAUUGGAAAAGGACCGAACACGUUUAAAACAGCCGGAGUUGAGGAUGAUAAAGGAACUGGAAUCUGAGAGAGCAGCUAAGAAAAAAGCAGAAAAGGAGCUUCGUAAAGUACAAGAAACACUUGAGGAGGAGCGAGGAAGGCAGAAGCAGAUAAUCCUUAUGUUGGUCGAAGAGCGGAAGAGAUUGGCGCUGCAAUAUGUUGAAGAAAGAAAACGAUCUGAGGACUUGGCUCAGAUUUUAUCUGAAGAGAAGGGUAGAAUUGAUUCAAUGGCUGAAGGCUUGGAGGAAGAGAGUAAAAAGUCACUACAAAUGGAGGCUGAAUUAGAGAAACAGCUUGCAGAUUUUGACACGGAACGCCAACAAAUGAGAGGUCAGCUGGCCAAAAAGGAAGAAAGGAUAAGUGAACUGGAGGCUUUGCUAGAGAAGCAGCAACGAGAAGUUGAUCAUUAUAAAAAACAGUUACAAGAAGCACACAAUGUAGCCAUGUUCCAGCAGACGCUCUCAGUAUCCCCACCACGCAUAGGAAUCGCCACGCGUCCUGCCCCUCCACAACUGCCUGCUAAACCUGCUACCCUCACUCAACCUCAACCUAGGAUGCCUGGUGCUUUAACUCCUCCCAAGAUAACACCUCGUGUGAGAGCAUCGUCUCCGGGGAUUGACGAAGUCACUGGCGUUCCGCUGAACUUAGGAAUGAAUGUAGCUCAACACCAUGUUUCUGCUGGGUGCCAUUCUACUGGAGGAGUUAGCAAUCCACCUCAUAAUGUUGCUGCAGGUGUUGCUGCCAUGAGUAGUGUCACUAAGGCUGUUCAGCUCACUGCCACUGUAAACUCUGUUCCUGUUGCUGGCCCAACUACUGGUAUUGCUCGUGGGGUUCAGCCGGGUGUUGGAAUACGGCCAGUCAUGUACAGUGUGUCAACUUCUGAGGUCACAAGGACUGUAACGACAGCAGCUAAGAGCUAUAGCGUAAGUGAGAAUGAGGGUGGCUGGACGGGCAGUGGUGAAGGUGAGGGCCCCUCCAGUUUACCUGGUGGAGUGUCAGGCACAGUAGAACGUGGAGUGGUAAGAGUCACAGGACCUGGGGAUGUGCGAAGCCAGGCCCAGGUGGUGCAAGUGACUCCAAGGGUGAAUGUUUCGGCCUCCCCUGGCACAAAAGUAAUCACUACAACACAUGGGGGAAAGGUGACCUUUCAUGUAACCACAAAUGCACCCACAACCACAGCUACUGCAGCUUCAUCUGCACCUAAUGGUCAGCAACAGCAAGUCCUCCAACAAACUUCAACAAUGAUUAAGAAACCACCUCCCCCUGCUAGAUCUACUCAGCCUGGGGCACCCCCACCACCUGUUCCUUUAAACAAGCCAGCAGCAGCUCCUCCAGUGCCCCCUAAUAAACCAGCAGUGCCACCUAAAAAAGAUCUGGUGACUCGUGUGGGGGCAGGGGGUCAAGGCUUGUCAAUAGAGCCUGGAUCACCCAUCAGUGUAGAGGUUAAACCACAAAAGGUGGGGCCACAGACGGUGAAAUUUGGCAUCACCAUAUCAAAGACGGCGGCUAGUGGAAGCCAGUCGGUAGGCUCGGGUGGAGGCAGUGGUCAAACAGUAGUUGGUGUGGGUCCAGGGGGCUCAGGUGGGGGAUCUGAAACCCCAGUUGCCCCAGCAGUGGAAGGGGGAGCAGUGUCCCCCAGGAGAGACGCGGCGCAGGUUGGUGGAGGAAGUCCCCCGGUGCAUGCCACUGCCUGUGUGGACUCCCUCUCUCCUGAACUAGAGCACUUCCACCAGUUACUCAUUAGCAUGGCAGGUUCCUCAAACGUAGCAGUACCAACGUCACCUAACCUAGCUCCUAACUUCUCUAAUGCCCCAAAUACACAAGUUGUUUGUUCAUCUCCAUCCCCAAUUUCCUCCUCAUGUUUGUCUUCUCUUUCUUCAACUGAACCUUCAUCACCAUUGCUCCCUCCUCUUUCUCCUCCCUUUCAUUCUACAAAAACAAGUACAGACAGUGGAGGACUUGGAUCAUCAUCAUCUCCUCUAGCUCCAAAUUCACUUGCUUUCAGCUUUGUAACGAGCACCUCCUCUGUAUCAGCAGCAACUGUUUCAUCACUGUCAGCUUCAUCACACACUCCUUCAGCUGCAACCUCACAUUCGCUGCUCCCACCCCCAUUGCCGUCAUCACCGCCACCACCAUUGCUGUCCCCAGUCUCGACUGUUUCAAUGCCUUCAAUGGACUCGACUCCUUUACCCAGUAAAGCUCCAAGUUUAACCUCUUCAAAACCCUCCCUGGCUUCAAUAAAUUUUCAUUAUUGCUCGCCACCACCUACUUCCCCGUCUGGUCCGCCACCACCUUUACCUCUUAGUGAUCCUCCCAUUCUGCUCACCCCAAUGGAUGGUGAGGAACUGGAGCCUCCUCACUCCCCUCUGGAUGUGUCGACACCUCUGACUGUGGAUGGGAUGACUGCAUUACAUCUCGCAGCACAGGGAAACAACUGGCAAUCGGUACCGGUGCUUGUGAGGUGCGGUGCCAGUGUUAAUGCCGAGGACGAAGACGGUCGCACGCCUACCUACCUGGCAUUGCUGUAUGCCUGCACUCCGGCUGCUGCUGCCCUGCUUAGCUUUCCUCAGUCCCUAGAACACACCACAAAGGAUGGCUGCAACUACUUGCACGCUGCCAUAAAAUCCGGUGAAGUUGAAUGUGUUGAUGUUUUGGUGCAACAUGUAUUAGCUAUAGAAGAGGGCCCAAACUUGUUGCACCGACUUGCUGGAGGGCCGGACCAUCGAGGCAACACACCACUUGCCCUGGCUAUGUCUGCCACAAACUCUGCUAUGCUGGCAGCACUGAAUCAUGCUGGAUUAGAUCUUCCAGCAUUCCUCAGCCAUAAUGCUAGACUUCUUAAUCUUGCAUCGCCGGCAUCUUUAGCUCUGGUCUCUAGCUCGCACCGAAGUGAGUGCACUUGCUCAGUGUGGCUUGAAGGUCUAGAUCUAGACAGGGUUGCUGAUGGAGAUGAAAGCAAUGGGCCUAAUGGGGACGAUGGAUUAGACAACUGUGAUAGGGAGUGUAGUGAACGAUGGGCCAUCGGGGCCGUGCGGGUGACCUCUGCAACACUGUGGGCAGCCCUUGAAGAAACCUUAACAUCUCUUGCAUUACAUCACUGGGAUGCCCUUGCAAGAAACCAGGGACCAAGUGGACCAAACAUAAGCAGUUGCAGCCGUCACGGUGCACAACAACGAGGAGAAAGGCGACGAUCGGAUCCCCUGUAUGAUGUGGAGGUCAACACAUCAUUUCUGGGACUCCACAAAUCUGCCAUAAGUCAUUUCUCAAUUGGGCACCAUAAAUGGACACGGGGUGAGUAUGGCCUGGUGAGUGGGCCAUAUGAUCUUCUGGUGAACAAUAGUGGCCAAGACAUUUGUAUUCACCUGCACACUCUUGAAGCCGUAGCAUACUCACUCCUGGUUCCCCUUCCCAUUCUCAAGAAUUAUCUACGCUUGAUUGAGCAGUCACAGUGUGUUGUAGUGUAUGGUCCUCAGGACAGCGGCAAGCGUUUUCUUGCAAGAUGUCUUGCUCACUUGAAGGGUGGUGGUGGCAUAGGAAUGACUAGGAUAGAUAUGGGUGGUGGAAGGGCAUCUAGUAUGGAAUCUGUCCGAAGCAUUGUGGAAAGUGGUGGAGGUUUUGUUGUCAUGGAGCGUGUGUCUAGAGAAGCAUGGCCAGGCGUAUGGGCCAUGGUUCAGGGAGUCAGCAGUGGAACAGUUCUGGUAACUAUGGAUGCCUGGAGACGUCCAGGUGGAGGGCAGCUUGAGGGUGGUGUGCUGUGGGUGCAACUUCGCCACGACCGAGAACCCUUGGUGUCUAUCCUGAGCCGCUCCCUUACACGACAUAUUGCCUCGUUACAUGCUGGAGUCUUCCCAUCUCCCACUUCUGAGACAUACCGGAUCAUCGACUGGGUAUCUGGAGCUUGGGGACGCCUGACAGCUACACUCAUGGCUCUAGGCUUCUCUUCUGCUAUUCAUGGCCCUCAUCUGUUUACCCAGACUCUACUGGCAGCCAACAACCCCAGAGAUAUCUUAAGUGGUGUCCAGCAUUUGUGGAAUAAUGUCAUAAGUGAAGAAAUUCGUACUGAGGUGGUUACUGUUUGGAGGAGGUCCAGUGUUGGGGGGGAAGUGGAUGAGGCCAGAGUUACCAGUAUGGCUUUGUAUGUAGUGAUUCAACGCAGUCUUGCCCCAAACUUGCCUUUACCCACUCCAGAAGCACAUAAUUUCUUGGCAGCUCUAGAUGGUGGUCUGGGGAGAUCUGCUUUCCGGGGUAUUAAACCAACUGUUCCAUCACCUCGGCCAAAGGACUUGCCAUUGGAAGUGAUGAGUAAUAAACCUUGGACAGGCCCUUCAUAUGAAAGAACAGAAACUCAACAAGCAUGCACCUCUGUUGGUGUGGCAUCGCCCACUUCACCCGAGUGGGAUGAAGCUAAUCUAACAAAGAUUUUGGGUCUCUCACCUAUGGGAUAUGCGUGACCUUGGUAUCUCGUUUCUCAGCUUACCUCGUACUAUUGUGGUGACACCGUGACUGGAGAUCCUAUGAGGUUCUAUUCCUUUUACCAAACUUCUUCCAUAAAGCCACCUGAAACUCACUCUAUAGAAGGAAUGUUUUCCCCAGAUUGGUUAUGCAUCAUUUGAUGUGGAAGCUGAUGCGUUUAAGCCAUCUGGUAUGAUCUCAACAAAAUUUUAAUCUAUUCCUGUAAAGAAAGUAAAAACUUUGAAUCAUUCAUUUAUGGAAAUCUGUGCUGUUGUUCCAUGUGGUUGAGUUGUGUUUGGCAAUAUUGCUCAACUCUGCCUACUGUAUAGGUGCUAUGUAUGACUUGCAUUGAAAUGCAAAUGAACAGCUAACCUCUAGCAUCAUAAGAAAAUAGUUUUUCUUGAGUGUGAAGGGCUGUGUUGAGUGAAACAAGUCGAGCAUGAAUGCCUUCCUUUAUCACUUGCCUAGCAAUGGUCAUCCUCAUCUCUUACUCACUAGCAUGUUUGAGCAGCUUGAUGUGAUACUUGCAUUUGUUCUUCCAGUGGUUUGAUCUAUUUUUGUUUUCUAAUGCAGAGCUUUUUAUACUUAAGGAGUGAUGAACAAUCAGACACAUGCACAGGUAGAGGAGGAUCACAGUUCAUAGCUUUAAUUUUGUCAAUAUUUUACAAUGUCAGUGUCUCCAGUAAUGUUAACCAGUUUUAAGACUGGGCAAUCAUCCCCAGGCAACUAUCCCAGUGAUGCAAUUGAAAUGUUGAUGCAACUAGAUGUCCAGUGCAGGGCUCACAAUGAAGGGCUCAUAAUGCAGGGCUCACAAUGAAGGGCUCACAUACACAUUGACGAUCAAGUAGGAAAUUAUUACAAAAAUUCCAGAUCCUAUCCUGCAUGUAAAGAGAAUAUGUCUUAUAAAAUGAUGACCUGGAGCCACUAUCUUAGAUCAGUACCUCACUAAUAUCACCUUAACUAUGGAUCUUCCACUACAAAAAGUUAUAUUCAUUCUUAGGACAGGCAUAUAAGAAAGCUUGUGAUAUAAGAAGCCAGUUACAUGUUUAGGAAAUGUGAGGUGUGCUUAUGCACUGUACAGUAUUAAGAUUUUGGUUUGUGGUCUUAAAUAAGAUGACUUAACCAGUUUGGAUGGCAAUAUUCAAUAGGUCUCCUAGGUCCUCUGUAGGAGUAUUCAAAGAAACUGUUGUUUUAAUGUCAUUCUCUAGUUAUGCGAUACACUUCCUCGUGUUGGGUUGUCUCAUGACAGUAAGUAAUUGGUAAUGAAGAUGUGAUAUUGUGUGCAAGAAAUAAGUUUCACUCAUACCUAAACAAAUAUUUGAAGUAGGACUACAGAUGUAGGCUUCCUUUAAUAUGGGGUAAACACACACCACAGUGGAAAGUCUCGUGUAUUAACAUAACACUUGUCUAAACGCUAGUUACAUGAUCUCACAUAUCAUACCUACACUGUAAAAUUCAGAGAAACUUAAGUUAGCUGAAGUUCUGCGUUGACAGUGCAUAUACAAUAUACAUUUUCAUAAUUUAGUAAUGAGGGAAAUUUGCACAUCAGGUAAAUACAACUUGGUGAUAAAAAAGCACAUGUACAAAACCAAAGGAUAAAUACAACAAUUGGCUCGAUAUCAAUCUUAAGAUGAAAAUAGUAGAUUGAAUAAACUUGUAGCAUUAGUAGCCGUUUCAAUCAUAUACUAUAGUCAAGGAUUCUGACCUUGCAUGUAGUAGGUAAAUGUUAUACAUUUUUUUUGUUUGAAAUUUGGACUUCAAUUUUUGUCUAACAAACUAGAUUUGCUUAGAAAUAUGUACCAUGCUCAAUCUGUUUUACAUAGAUAAUUUUUAAGGUUGAGCUCUUUAUUAGGUUUCACAGUAUGGUAUAUUAAAUUCAUAGGUUGAUGUUAUUCAAAGGACCUAAUAUUUAUAAUAAUCAUAUAAUUAUUUGUGGCAUUAAACCCUUGAAUGUAAUAGAAGUAUAUUCUUAGAUGGAUGCAUUAUCAUGUGAUCACUGACGUCGGGAGCACCCAGCGAGGGUGUUCUAUAGACAAAUCCAAACAGUGGGAGGAUGAUGGGUGCCUUUGAUCAGAUGAAGAACUGACCAUCUUAACAGUGUUUUUCAAGCUCAUUAGAAAAGUUCUCUAGUACUUCUCAUUCCUCCCAGUACUAUGUGUCAGCAAUAUAUUUAAUGGGGCAUUACACACUUCAGCUAUUUCAAGCAUCUUUAUCUUUCUGAAUGACAGAAGUCUUCAAUUUCAUUCUUUGUAUAAACUUGUCUGAGGUUAGUUGAAUACGUAUGCUAUGUAGGUGAUUGCCUGCAGUUACUGUAUCGGGUAAUGAGAUGCAUACAAGUUUUAUGAAAUUUACAUCAAUGGUAGGUAACUAUUAUCAAUUUUCCUGGUGAAAAUAUUCCUUGAAGAAACAUAGGGUAUUUUAUAUUUGUAAUUUGAUGAUUGUAUGAUAGAUUACUCUUGUUUCAUUCCUUAUUGUCCUCCUUAGGUUUAUGUUGUUGUAAAUGUUAAAUAAAAUAUAUUUUUUAAGCAAUUAUAGUAAAUUAUCAAGGCAAAAUAAUAAAUUUUAUUAGUAAUUUUAACAUUUCCUUGAUCAGGUAAUCAAAUGAGACAAGCCCUGGAUGAAAUCUAUAUUGUUUAGGCUUAGUGAUGAGUGUACAAUAUGCUGCCCUCUGAAAGCUUCCUGAAGAUAAUUUUGAUUUUGUUAUCUAUGUGUUGAGGCACAACAAGCGGACAGCUGAAGAAGCACAGUGCAGGUUCGUAACAAAAUGGAUGUUAGUCCUUGGGCCUAUACAUUAAUGUGACUCUCCACGCCUUCUCAUAUGUUGCAUAAAUAUCUCAGGCUUAUUGAACAUCAAAUAAUAGUGUACUGUGUGCAGCUGUUUACUUGUUGAAAGUCGGUUGUAUCAUAAUGUGAAUGAAUUGCUAUAAUUUCUUUGGACUUUAUACUUAGCAAAAUUGCAUAUAAGGGGUAGCAUGUAUUUAAACGAAAUUCUUAAAAUUUUCAUUGGUGCAUAUAAUUAUAUGGCACAGCUGUAUAUUUGUUUUCAAUCUUGAUUGAAUAUAAUUUUUCUAGAAAGUUUUUGGAAUCGGCAUUGAAUUUUAGUUUUUAUAUAAUUUGAGAACAGAAACUAUAUAAAUCAAAUGCAAACACUAAUAUUGUGGCUAAUCAGCUUGUUGGUGAGCAAUGUUUACAUAUUAACAAGGUGUUAAUAUAAUCAGCAGGUGCCUUCAGUAUAGCUGCUUAUUGGAGUUCCAAAUACACACACUCAAGUUUUGUACUGGUAUUUUUAGCUCUGCAGUGAUCACAUCUUUGGAUGUGGUCAAAAGCUAUAUGCAAGGGCAGUAUCUGUCAGUAGGUGUUAGUCAUUUUAUGUAACCUGAGCAUUUCUGGGACUUGGGUCAGAUUUGAAGUGCAAUGAAUUGUUAUUAGUUAUGUGAGAGCAUGAAUAAUUAAUAGUCAGUAUUGAGUGUAGAUAGCUUGGAUUACAGAGUUAUAUUCUUAAUUCAUUGGUUUUCAUGCAAUCUUUUUAAGAUAAAAAUACCUCUGACUCCCACGGAACCACUACUGGGGAAAGAAUAUUGUUUGUUCCAAAAAGUGUUCCUGUCUUAGCCACUUUUUUUUAUUACCCGUUAUUUAAUGAAUUAUCACACGCUACUGAUCUAUGUAACUACUGUACUGUAUAAAAUUUUAUUAUUCCUUUCUCUUGCUUCAUCUGCUUUAGAUGCCUUCCUACAGACACCUUUUGACUUGACUCAUUGUAAGUGCAGAGCAACUCAUAAUUUGUUUCAUUUUGAGGUGUAGCAAUUCAUGGUUCAUUUACCUGUAUGAUAGCCAGUCCAGUAUGUAGAAUUCCUAAAGUAAAUAUUUUUUAUCAUAGCUUCUCUGUCUUUAGCUUUUGGGGUAUGAAGACAGGUGGUAGCCUAAAUAUUUGAAUACCUGCAUCUGCUACUCUGUUCUUAAACAAACAAACAAUACAACAUGAUACAGGAUAAAUAUGGGAGUAGAACAUGGUUAUCAAGUGACCAGCCAUGGAAGACACACAUUUCAUAUUUCAUUCAGUUACAUGAAUGGUUAUCAUAGGUUGGGUUUCACGUUGGGUGAGCCUAAAAGACAAACUUAGUGAUAAAGAUAACACAAUUUUUUAGUACACUGUAGUAUGCUGUUAAUAAUCUAUAGUAAUGAACAGGUUUGGCUUGGCUCAUUUUCUGAUAUUUAAAAUUUGCAUUGGACAGCCAUUUUUCAUUGCUUAAGAGAGUACAUGGAACCCUCAACAUUGAAGAAUUAAAGGCUCAUAACUCCUUUCAAGAAAAUUACACUUUCGUCAUGAAAACAUUUUACGUAACAACAGGUAGUGAUGAAGGAGUUUGCUUCCAUUGAGAGAAGCUAUGGUUGAGGGUGUUAUAAACAGGAGAGAAAUGUUCCCUAGAAGGUUUUGUUGACAUUGUUUGGGUUCUUAAACAUUAUAUAGUUUGUGAAACAAGAUGGAACUUUGUGAUACCUGUAUUGGUAGAAAUGUGUAACCUCAUCUUUUAUUAACUUCCUCAGCCAAAUUGCAGUUGGUAUGCUUCAUUUUUGAGAUACUUAUUUUCAGCCAGUAAUGCCUCAAUGUUGUUUCAUUCUGUAGGAGACCUGGAGGUCGUUUCUUACUAUGUUACAAUUUAGGAUAUUUUAGUAGAAAGAUCAAAUUUAUGGACUGGGAAUACUCAGCUAAACCAAUUCUUUGAUACAGAUGACUUCUUCGGCAUCAAAUAGUAUUGCAGCUAAGAGGUGAAAGUAAUCAGGUGAAUUAUGUUGACAAGAGCAAGAUGACUGACCAAGUCGGUUAUUUGAUGCAUUUAUUGAGUCAGGCAUAUAAAAUGGACAAGGUGGGUGGGACUAAAAUUACCUGAAGCUGUUGUCAUCAAAAGAAUCUCUUCUUGAUUGUAUAUGUAUGUACAGACCACUGUGUAAACAAAGGGUAUGUAUUUUAAAAUGUACAAUUAAUGUAUUUAGCUAUCAUAUAAAGUGUACAGUUCUUUUUCCUAAUAAAAA